AGUACUGCCUAAUCAAUAAUGCACCGGAGGUUAUUGAUGACCUCCGGUGAACCCCCCCGUUGAGCUCUCCGGUGACGAGUGAAGGUGGUUUAGUAGUUUCCCAUUGGGGAAAUAACUGUAAAUAACUGAUUACUUGAAUUGCAAAAUGAGCACGUUACGAGUCACAACAAAAAAAGAAUCUGAGUGCUCUUUUUUUGCUGCCCCAACCCUUUGUCACUGUGUAACCCUAACCCCCGUAACACUGAUAAUGGAGUUAGAGCAUCUUGCUGAAGGAUGCCUGCAGAAAUGGGUUCAAACCCAGAACCUCUCUGUUGGGAGCGAAACAACCCCGGUUAUGAAAUAAGAAUGAUCCUGGGCAGGCUUAUAUUGUUUUUGUUGUGCUGUGUUUAACCACAGGUGCUUGUGGCAAGGCUGAGAUGAUUGGAUGGAAGAAGGUGAAGGCUCAUUAUCUGCCCUACAUGGCUCUCCUGAUAAAAAGCACAGGAGAGCCCAUCUGCAGAGGGACCCUCUUCUCUUCCAGAUUGGUGCUGACCCACUGUCAUAAGGAGGAAUUUCAUCACAUCCAAUAAUACACAUCUGCAAUGUCAAUCAAUGCCAUUUAUCAUUAUCUGCAUGCCGUACAAUAAAUAGUCUUUCAACCCCACAACCUUGUGUUUUGGGGAGCCCAUUAAAAGUCAGUGUUUAACAUUGACAUUUUUAGUGUGAUUUUGUGUAAAAUGAUACUUGCAGGCGCAUGCAUUGGUACAUCCAAGUGUGAGUAUGUUUAUCUCUUUGUGGUUGACCCACAUCCUUCGAACAGGCUAUAUAAGCAACUCAUGCUGCAUCUUGUGUUUCAGUACCUCCAUCUAUUGGCAUUAGAAACAAGCUAUGGCGUCUUCAUUGCUGGCUCUUGUUAAAACUUUGUGUUUGGUCCUCCAUGUCCAGUCAUGUGCUUGUGGAGAGGCAGAGAUCAUCGGAGGGAAGAAGGUGAAGGCUCAUUCUCUGCCCUACAUGGCUCUCCUGUUUAACAGCACAGAUCAGCCCUGCUGCGGAGGAGCCCUCCUCUCCUCCAGAUGGGUGCUGACCGCGGCCCACUGUUCUAAUAUAUCUACUGUGCGUCUUGGGGUGGACAACAUUCCAAACAGCUUGACGGAUAGAUCUGUUCAGGUCCGGAAAGUUUCCAUGCGUUACCCCCAUGAUGCCUUUAACCCAACCACGCAUGUUCAUGAUCUCCAGUUGCUUAAGCUCGACCAAGAGGUGAAUCCGACCGAUGCCGUAAAGUUUUUGCCAUUGCCCAAUGAAAUGCCAGACCCCCAGGAAGGUACCAGAUGCACGGCGGCUGGUUGGGGGGCCGUCAACGCCUCAAACUUAAUGAUGACAGAUGAUCUGAUGUCGGCCAACGUCACUGUUAUCAAAAGGGAAACGUGCAACUCGCCCACAUAUUACAAUUCUGACCCAGUCAUAACUGCCAACAUGGUAUGUGCCGGAACUGUAGGAGAGAAUGAGAACGAUCAGGAUGCUUGUAGGGGAGACUCUGGAGGACCUUUGACGUGCGACGGUGUGCAAGUAGGAAUAACUUCCUUUGGCAGGGGCUGCGCUAAACGGAACAAACCGGGAGUGUAUACCUUGCUUUCCAAAGAACACAUUGACUGGAUAAAUGGGACAAUGCAGAUAUAAGCGUUCCUCUGAAACAUCUGCAACUCAAGGUCAAAAUAAUUUUCAUAUAAAUUGAUUGAAAAUUUGAAAAAUAUACAUAUGAGAUAAUGAUGAUUCUUGGAUAAAAUAUGUUCCAUAGUCAACCCUAUUUUGUGUCAAGGCACCACCAGGCUGGUGAAAUUCAAUGUUCUUAUGGUACUUGUGAGAUUCAUAUUUUUAUGUACUUUUAUUAAGUAUUAAGUAAAAUCAAUCAGGUAGUAAAAGUUAUGCUAUAGCAAUAUCUAUGUAUGCAAGUCAUGUAAGUCAUAAUAUAUAUGGGUGAUUUUUUCAUUUUUACUUGCUGUAAGGUUAACAUAGAUAGAUAAGGAGUUCUAAACUCCUAGAACAGCCAGGCCUUAGAAGGCCCAUUUGCUCUUGCAAUGUGUGAAAUGCUACUUCAAGACAAGGAGGUUGUGAGUGUGGUGAAUCUUUGUAUAAGGGAGUGUUCCAGUUGCAAAGCAGGAAGCGCGCUCUUGUUAAGGAACCAGCUGCGUCUGAGGCAUCGGCAUGGACAGGGGAGAAGAACAGCAGGAGGAGACAGGUCGAAGGAGGAGUAACCAGCAGUAUAUUGUGUUUGUGAUCAUGUGUGGAACUCAGACUUUACAUGGAGUUUUGUCUCUGUUCUGCAUAACGUAUUGAUGUAUUGUGUAAGCUUUGCAACGGCAUAGAAUAAAUUAUUUUACAUUUA